UUAUGUAAUUUUAAUUUUAUUAUUGAGUUUUGAUGUAUAUAUACUAAUUUAUUGAAAAAUAUAUGUUUCAAUAAGAACUAUCAUUUUUUAAGUAAACAGUAGUAACUUUAAUAACUUCGUUAACAGUUUUGCACUUCACAGUUUUUUUUUAAAACAAAAACGUUUUUUAAACGUGUUGACAAAGAAAUACCAACAAUUAGAUUAAAUUAAGAGAAAUAUCAACUUUUUUUGUAUUUAUAAUUCGGAGUUAUUUUUAAUAGAUAAUAUCCUAUGGCUACGUGUGAUGUUUGCGUUCAUUUAUCUGAUAUAAUGACGCCUCAGUCGUUUACAACUUUGAUUACAACUCUAAUGAAGUACUUGGUUUAUGAAAAACAGCUUAUACCAUAUCCAUACGACCGUUUAAAGUUGUAUGUUAAAAAAUACAAUGAACUAAAUUUAGAGAACAACAGCCAUUGUAACAAAAAAAAUAAAUAUAAAUUAGAAUCAGACAAAUAUUACAAAAAAGUAUCAGACACUAUAAAUUCACUAGAAAAUGUAUUCAAGUGUAUUGAAAAUGAAUUUCUUAGUCGUACCAAUAAUCAUAUAGAAACAGUAGUAAUAUUAAUCGGAUCCAAUGUUCUAAAUCCUCUUACUGUUUUCAAUAUUCAUGUUCCAGAAUUAAGUUAUUCUCAUUGUGAAAAGAAACAUUCUUCUAGACAGCACAUUGAUAAUGUUUUUAGGAGUAUAUUGAACAAUGAUAAAUUUAAUGAUAUAUUAACAUCAAACAUAAUGAUUGAAACAAACUUGUAUGUUAUGUUCAAAGUAAAAAAAGGCAAAACUAUGGUUACCGAUUGGUGUAUGCCAAAAGAAAAAUUUCACUGUCUACGGGGGAAACAAAUCAUGUUACGUUUCAAUUCAUUUUUGGAUGAAGCUAGUUCAAAAGAAAAUAACAAAUGUUGUAGUGUAGACUGUUACGAAGACAUCCAACUUAUUGUGGAUUUAAAUGACGAAAAAAAUAAUGAUAACUUAUUGAGUAACUGUGUCGAUUGGUAUUUAGGUAAACAUCAUGUCACAGGAUUCAAAAAUUAUAAGUUCAAUGGAAUUCCUAUAUCAGAUACGUGGUUAAACCCGAAUAUUAUUGAAAGAAUGAUAUCUUAGAAGAACGCUAAGUCUUCUUACCACUUUUGGUCAAUCAAAUAAUGGAAUUAAUUUGACAAACACAUGUUUAUAUGAUUCGUUCUAACUUUUUUUUAUGUUAUUUCUAUAAAUUUUUAGUCUGUUAUUCCACUAAAAAUCAAAUUUAUAUCAGACUAUAUGUUUA